GGUUGUGGACCGCAAAUUGACCAAACCUCAGAUAUUUGCACUUUUUUGUUGGUCUUCGAUUACGUAGGUUAUUCAGUACUAAACAUGCACACCAAAUAAUAAAAAAUACUCAUGCUUCCUCUUAUAGAGAAGAAUGGUCCUCUGUGUUUACACCUUUUAUGCUUUUUUAAACCAGAAGCUUACAUACGUGCUGUUACCUACGCACUUAAUCACACCAGCCUUUCUUAGUUAAGCCUUUCCUAAUGGUUAGUCCAACAGCCAUUGUCUUUGUUUAUUCACUUAAACCGUGUCUUUUUUUUUAAAAAACGUGGUAACUAUCCAUCUUCCAUCUGUUGGUGUUUACUGUUAUAUCUGAUUCAUACUGUUGUUGAUAUACUUUUCCCGAUCCUCUUACUUGCUGCAUCUACUGAUUUCUUUACUUGGUUCCAAGUGCUGAAACAUACUCAUGUUGGCUUCCAGUUUCCCUUUGAGUGUUCAGGGUCUUCAUUCGAUGGCUGAAGAUGCAACAGAGGUCCAACAGGAUGCAACAGAAGACCAACAUGAUUACAAUCUCGGCACUAGGUUACUUCCUAAGUAUGUCAUCGGUGCAGCUGAGUUCCUUAGUCGUAAGGAGAAAGCAAAGAUUAAAGACCAGUUCUUUGGUGUCUUUCUAGAAUUAACAGCGGCAAGCCCAGGAAGAAGAGAUUUGGUAAGGUGGCUGUAUGACAAUGCUAAAGUUGAAGCAGGCUGCAUCAUGCUUCAUAUAAAGCUAGGGGUCUACCUGCAGCUCAUGCCUCUGGUGAUACACAAAAUUCUGGGGAUCCCAAACAGUGGAGACAUGCCUCCAAAAUGCACAUUGAAGGAAAGAAAUGAGGAAUUUGAUAAGAUGCGUUGGUUACUUGAUUUACUUCCUCAGGAAGGUGAUAAGCAGGUUGACAAGGAAGAAGAUAAUGUAGAAGAUGAGGGUGACCAGGAUGGUGAAGAUGGGGAUGGUGAAGAUGGGGAGGGCGGCAAGAAGAAAAAAAGAAAAGAUAGAUAUUACCAUCCAGUAUGUUCUUGA